AUGGAUUAUAGGAUUGCUAAGAGGAGCUCAAUUUCAUUUGGAAGUUACCAGAGGCCGAUGGAGCAAUUCCAGAAUGCUGGGGGGAGUGGAAUCUACCAGCGACAAAUUCCCAUGCUGUACAACCCGCGGACGAAUAUGGAGCCUCAGGGUCCCAACACAUGCACAUUUGAUCAUAGUUCGCCACAAUUCGCUUUGGAUUGGAGUGUGGGGGACAAGGUUGCUGUUGGUUCUUACAAGGAGGACUCAUUUAAUAAAGUGGUGAUCUUGGAGGCGGGUUCUGAACUGCUGCAGUGGGAGAGCACGCUACAGGCGCAUGUGAUAUAUCCGGUUUCUAGGAUACAGUGGAUGCCCAUGAGCUCGGAGAAGCUUGCGACAUGUUCGGACUCGUUGAGGAUAUGGUCUUUAGGGGACCAAUUGAAGGAGCAGGUGAAUCUGUCGUUGGUGAAGUAUGGGAAAGGAGUUGGGGAUGUAGCGAAUGGGCACACUCUUGGCAAACUGCCACCUGUGACGUCGUUUGACUGGAAUUCGAUAGAUACGAAUAUUAUUCUUUCGAGCUCUAUUGAUACUACUUGCACCGUCUGGGACCUGCAAGCGUCAAAUUAUGUGAAGACUCAAUUGAUAGCCCAUGACUCAGAGGUGUUUGAUGCUAAGUUUCUAACACAAUCAAGCAAUUUAUUUGCAAGCUGUGGCGGCGAUGGUUCUGUGCGAGUGUUUGACUUGAGAUGUCUUGCUCACAGCACUAUCAUCUACGAACCACAGUCUCAGAUACAGACACAUACCCCUUCGCAAAUCCAGCUUUCAGCGCAAGGCCACGAUGAUGGACAUGCGCGGAAAAACAACCAGAAUGCAGCUGAGACGUCCUUAGCAGUGUCGUCACUUGAGAGUCAAGCAUUGCUAAGAUUGGAGCCCUCUCCAUUUGAUCCUAAUAUUCUUGCAACCAUACAGCAAGAUUCUAAUGUUGUGAUUAUCUUGGACAUGAGGUACCCUGGCUCACCGAUUCUUACGCUCAACGGCCAUUACUGUGCGCUUAACCAACUCCGGUGGCAUCCUUCUAAGCCUAAUGUGCUUGCGACAUGUGGAGAUGAUUGCCAAAUACUAUACUGGGAUCUUCUCGAUAGUUUAAAUGGUGGAACGAUUUCAAGUGGAAUACCGCAACAGCGUUGGACAUCCACAAAUACAGUACACUUUUUAGAAACCCCACAAAUGUCAUAUACAGCACAGAAUGAGGUGAAUAACAUGGUAUGGAGACCUAAGGGGGAUUGGAUUGGAUAUGUGGCGGGUAAGCAAUUUCGGAACAUAAGGAUAUAG